AUGGAGGCUGCAAGUCCGUGCGCGCGCAGGCUGGCCGCGCCUCAACGCCUCCUCCUUGGUGCUCCUAAGCAGCAGCCGGAGCCCGAGUCCCGAGGCGGCGGCGGAGGCUGCAAGGCUGGGCGCACAAAAAAACUAAGCAUCGCUGCGCAAGCCGAGGCGACUGUUGAAGCCGGCCAAUGGAACCUCUUGAGUAGCGCGCUGCUGGACUGGCCCUACACCAAUGGCGCGCAGCCGGGCAGCCGCAUCUGCGCCUGCACCGCUGAAUAA